AUGAGCUCUGAAAGCAGAGCUGACUAUCCCUGGGAAAUAAGCCGAGAGGUAGAGCGGCUCCAGAAACAGCAUGCCUGGGUUCAGAGAUGCCUUGACAACAAGAUUGUCUUUGCACCAAUACCACUGGAUAAAGAAGGACUCAGGAUUCUCGACGUCGGGUGCGCCGAUGGAGUUUUGCUUCGAGACCUGAAGCAGCAGGUUUCUCCAUCUGCUCAGCUCUUUGGCGCUGAUCAGAACAACUUUAUCCUUGGAGCUGCCAAGGCGGGCUACCAAAAAGCCAUUGAUCAUCUCGCCUCUACGGUUGCUCCUGGAGGUUGGCUGCAGGUCCACGAGCUUGAUUUUGAUCUGACAGAUCGGCCCAACGUAGGUCCAGCGCGGAGAGAUGUGAGCAAUCUCAUCGCAGCCAUGUUCGAUGGUAUGGGCAUGGGAUCAAAUUGCAUUCGCAAACUACCGGGUGCAUUUGAGGCAGCAGGACUAGAGAACGUGACCGUCCAUUCAGUAGAUUUGCCCAUGGGUAAGCUGCUGGGUGAUGAUGAAGCAGCUGAGUUAUCGUGGCAGCCUUUCGUGAUUACCAUCCCAAGCUUCCUUGAGGGCGCAAAGGCCCUCGGUGUCAAGCUACCUGUUAUGUAUGAGAAUUUGGCUGAGAGGUUUGAGAAGGAAGUCAAGGGAAUGGGUGCCAUGUUUCGAGCGUUGGUCACAAUUGGACAAAAGCCAGCGUGA